AUGUGUUUUUUUUCUCGACCUUUACUCCGAACGGCUGCUGGUAAUCAUUCCCGAUGUUUUGCAUCUACUCGUUCUGAGAAGCCUUUUUUUAUUACAUGUCCAAUAUUUUACGUCAAUGCAAAACCUCAUUUGGGUCAUGCAUAUACCACAUGUUUAGCUGACGCUUGGGCAAGAUAUAGUUGUUUGCGUAAUCAGUCAAUACUGAAACCUUUCCAACAAGAUUAUAUUGCAUUCGCUUAUUCUCCUGUGUUUGAUUACUGCAAUCUCAAUAAAACGUUUUUAUCUUGUGGGACUGAUGAACAUGGAUCUAAAGUUCGCCGGGCUGCAACUGUCAAUAAUCUUGAUCCAUUGCAGUAUUGUGAUCGAAUGAGUCCUCUGUUUGAGACUCUUUGUCAUGCUACUCAUGUAAAAUACAAUGAUUUCAUCCGUACUACUGAAACUAGGCAUGUGAAAGCUGUUCAUGAAUUUUGGAAGCGUUUAAACGCCAGUGGUAAUAUUUAUCGAAGCAAAUAUUCUGGUUGGUAUUGUAUUUCAGACGAAGCAUUUUAUGCGCCAUGGGAAAUUGAUGAAACCAGUUCAUCAGGAGUACCUGUGUCAAAAGAAACUGGUAAUCCAGUGGAAUGGAUUGAAGAAGAGAAUUACAUGUUUAAACUGUCUUCAUUUAAAAAUGAUUUACACAAAUGGCUAGAUUCAGGAGUAUUUCCUAAGUCAUCCAAUCAAUCAGUUUGGAGUGAUAUAGCACAUAAUAUGGUGGAUACUUCUCAAGAUAUAUCUAUUUCAAGAUCAAAAAGUCGUUCGGAUUGGGGUAUACAUGUUCCUGGUGAUAAUGAACAAAUUAUUUACGUAUGGUUUGAUGCUCUGAUUAACUACUUAACAGUUGCAGGCUUCCCAUGGUCAAAUGUUAAUGAUGGUAGUUUUAAGCACUCUCUCUGGCCACCAGAUGUACAAUUUUUGGGAAAAGAUAUAAUACGAUUCCAUGCAGUUCUCUGGCCUGCUUUAUUAAUGGCUGUCAAUCUGCCGUUGCCGCGACGUCUAAUCUGUCACCAUCAUGUACUUGUGGAUAAUGUUAAGAUGUCUAAAAGUAGAGGUAAUCAAAUCGAUCCGAUUGUUGAACAGUCUGCUUUAUUGUCGGACGAAUUAAACAACAAUGUUAUAACACCUUCUGAAUCAGAUCUUCUUCGUUAUGUUUUGCUUCGCCUUCCUUUGCUAACAUUUGAUGGCACUUAUAGUCGUGAAAUGGCUCGUAAAAUGAUUAACACAGAACUUGUUAAUUGGAUUGGAAAUUUGCUUUCUCGUAUCACAUCUGAAUCUCUUAACCCUGAACAGUCUAUAAUUCAGAUUAAUCGUAAACAGGUUGAUGAUAUGUUUCACGAUGAUAAUUCGGAUAUGGAAUUUUUUGACAAUCUAGAUAAUAUCUCUCAUCAUUUUGACAAAUUUUGGUGGUAUGAAGCUCAACCUCACAGGGCUAUCGAGGAAGUUUUACGCAUUAUUCGACAAACUAAUACGUUUAUUACUCGUCACAGUCCAUGGACCGAAAAAGAAUUAUUAAGAAAGCAAUUUAUAUUAUCAGUAGUAUCUGAAUCAUUAAGAAUAUGUGCAUUACUUCUACAACCAGUUAUUCCAAAUUUAUCAAUUCGAUUGUUACAUCGACUUGGUAUAUAUUAUGAAGGAAAAAAAGAACAAAACCAAUCGAAUAUCAGUAAUCAAGCACGUGUUCUAGGUGAAAAUUCUGGAAAAUUUCUCCGUAAAAUUAAAUAG